UAAAGAGACGUUAAAAUAAUCGAUGGAAUUUUAUCCAAAGAGUAUUGUGUCAAAUCAGUCAUCGAUCUGCCGUUAAAUAUUUUAGAAUUUAUCAUUGUUUAAUUAAUCCAAUCCUAAAAUGUUACGUUUAGUGGUAAAAAAAGAAAUCGGUUAUACAUAUGCAACACCAAACUGGUUUGCAGCCCUCGUUUUAGAAUAAACACAAGAAGGCCAGGGGGAUUGCAUCGAGGUGUCUGAGAAAUCGCGAAUAGGCCUACACAUCCACACACUCCUCCAGGAUUUCCGAUCCAAGCCGAUAGCUAGGACGAUCCAUACGAUGGAGCGGUAUUUGAGCCGCCGUGAAAGUGGCUUUCACAUCCACCGGAGCGAUGAUAACUUUGUAAUGCGGCGGAUAUACAGCUCGAUGAACAUGUUCAAUAGCUAUCACGCCAAUUGCAAGCCAACGGAGGCGGGGCGCACCGGGGCCAUCUUUAACCUGGAGUUCAAUGCUGAUGGCAAUGUGGUCGUGGCCGCCACGGAGAGGAAAUGCGUCCUCGUAUUUGACGCCAUCACACAGAAGGAGAUCUUCAAAGUACCGGACGCCCACACAGACUGUGUCAAUUGCAUAAAAUUUUUCGAUGAGCGACUCUUCGCCACGGGUUCCGACGACUUCACCGUAGCUCUUUGGGAUCUGCGGAAUAUGAAGCAGAAGCUGCGCGUCCUCCACGGUCACUCCAAUUGGGUGAAGAACAUUGAGUAUUCCUCCAAGGACAAGCUGCUCGUCAGCUCUGGCUUCGAUGGCAGUAUCUUUACUUGGGAUAUCAAUUCGCAGACGGAACAGGGUCUGAUCUCGCAGCGAGUUUUCCAUGCGAGCGGGCUAAUGAGAUGUCGGAUAUCGCCAACGGGGGAUAAGCUUGUACUCUGCACUAGCGGUGGAUACAUCAUGAUCAUCCACCACCUGGAUCUCACCACACUGCACAAGGAUCUGUGCGGAUUCAGGCCUGGUAUAUACCGACUGAUGCAGUUGGGCGAACAGUAUAUCCCGCAAGCUGCGAAAUAUGAUCACGUGUUCUCCAAACGGCAAAAGAAGAACCGCGUAGAACUGGUCACCGACUUCCCCGAGAACAAUGACGCUGAGAUGAUCAUGGCUUUGCAGAUUCACCCGCACUGUCGCUGCAUGCUGACUAGGAAUGUCAGCUGCGACGAGCAGAGCGAGUGGACCUGCAUCCAUGACAUCAACGAAGAGCCAGUGCGGAGCGAUGAGGAGCAGGAGGAGGUUGAACCACAGCCCAAGAGAAAACGGGUAUCGACAACGCUCGCCAGCCGCAGCUCGUUGAAUGACACCACACAAGACCAGGACACGGAUGGACUGCCUCCCAGACAGCCACGAAGACCCAUGCGCAUGGGCACUGUCCAGGUGUUCCACCUGGAUAAUGCAGGAUCAGGACGUGUGGCGCCUGGAGCUGGCUCAUUGUCGACUCGUUCGGACACCUUUAUACCUGAUAUCUGGGCCGCAGAGGUGACUGUCCAAGAGCGGGCCAUCCGUCAGAACCGUGCGAGAAACUCAAACAACCAUGUGAGCGGCUAUAACUUUGUAUACGCCAUCAGUAGCGGAGUGCUACCUUUACGACCCUCGGUGGCCAGUCGCUUGAUGGUCAACAGUAGCGGUUCUCGACUGCUGACUACUCCGCCGCCAACAGAGGGCAAUCAGAGUAGCAGCAGUAGCUCUAGUAGCAGUAGUUCCAGCAGCAGUAGCUCCAGUACCAACAGCGACACUACCGUCCGGUUAGAAAUCGGACAUCGUCUUCGUCUGCGACCCUUUAGUCAUGCGUCAGCGGCAACGUCCAAGGAGAAUGGUCAUUCCAUACUGGUGAAUGCCAAAAAGCUGCUCUACUACGCUGCCGAAACAAACACUAAGCCAGGCUUCAUCAAGGAGCCGGGAUUCUCAGCGGACGGUCGGAUCGUCUGCUCACCUUAUGGCAAUGGAGUCCGACUUUUGGGAUACAGUGAGGAUUGCUGCGAUUAUCCCAGAUGUCAAGCGUUCGAAGAAGUUAAAAGCAAACCGCGAAAAUUGGUUGAACUGGCCAAAAUUACGGAGCAUCAGGAUGUCGUUCUAUGCGCCAAGUUUAGCCCCAGAGAACCGCUACUUGUGACCGGCUGUAACGGUGGCGAAGUAACCUGGUAUCGACCCAAUCUUUAGACUUCAGUUGAGUCGUCCGUCGAGCGCUCACUGUCAGAUUGUAAAUUUUAUUUUUUAUUUAGGCAUAACUCGACAUAUUUCAAGCAUAUAUUGGCGAAAUACAACAACACGAUUAUGGUGGACCGAUUUA